GAGGAUUUUAUUUCCGGUUGUUUUGGAUAGUUAUUUUGAAUAAGAUCUCAAAUGGUAUAUUGUUGAUCUACCCAUGAACAACGACAUUCCUGCAAUUGGUAGCGCUUGUUAUAAUGGAUUCCAACCACAAGUUAUGUUCCGUUUGUAGCAAACGGCACAUUUCAAAACCGAGUAUAGAAUGGUGUUCUGAAUGUAACCAAGCCUUCUGUACAGAAUGCAAGGAAUGCCAUAGUUUAAUGACUACAACUGAGGAUCAUAUGACCAUACCGAUUGCUAGCUUAGAUGAACUCCGGACAACGAUUCUAUCUAUUGGUAACAUAUGUGAGGACCAUAGAGAGAAGUACGAACUGUAUUGUCAACAUCAUAACAAACCUCUUUGUCUGAUCUGCAUUGAAGAUCAUUCCGAAUGUAAAGAUAUCAAAUCAAUAAAUAAGAUCGCGAAAAACAUUAAAACUUCCGAAUCAUUCAAUGAAGUACGCAUGUCUUUGGAAGAUCUAGACACCAACAUUAAUAAAAUGAUAGCAGAAAUUAAAUCUAAUCAGAACAGUACAGAAGACUGCUGUAGUGUCAUUAUACAACGCAUUUGCGAGAUUCGAGAAAAGGUCAACAAACACCUGGAUACUUUGGAGAUACAACUGAAAGGGGAACUUUCUAAACUUGAAAAUAAAACUAAAAAUGAUGUGCAGCUGACACUCAAAUAUUUAGAAGAGAAGAAGUUACAGAAUGGCAGAAAACAGAAACAGAUGGAAGACAUAACAAAGUACGCAUCUGAUCUACAAACAUUUCUAGGAUUGAGGCAUUUAUCCUCUGACAUUAUCGCAGAUGAAUCUUUCCUCCGGUCUUUAGUUGAAAAUGGAAGUUUGGAUGAAGUUGAAAUUGCAUUUGAGUUGGAUGAGAAUAUUACUAGUUUUUCUAAUGUUAUCAGUAAAUUUGGAUCGGUUCAGCUGCAAAAGAUUCCGGGAAAUUUCUGUCUUGAAAGUCAAAAGGGUAAACAGGCACAGACCACAGGAAAUACAAAAUCAAUUAAUAACCUUGUUGUCCAACUUUUAAAUACCAUAAAUACAAAAGCAAAUUCAAUAUCUGGAUGCGAUUUUUUACCAGAUGGCAAUAUGGUUUUUAGUAACUACUCGCCCAGUGGGACUGCUGAUUUUAUAGCAGUAUUUACUUCGAAUGGCAUACCUUUUGACAACAUAUCACUUAAACCGAAUUAUGCAUUUGAUGUAGUAACUUUGGAUGAAGAAACUGUUGUCGUAACUUCUCCAAAGUGUGGCGAAUGUAGCAUCAUGUCCAUAAAUAUACACAGUAAGGAAGUUACACAAAUCAAAACGGAAUGUUAUUAUUAUAGUAUUACAUUUAGUGAUGGCAAAUUGUUAUCUAAUUCUUUGAACCGGAACAUACAAACUAUCGAUACCAAAAGUGGCAAAAUAUUGUCAACAAUCAAAAUCAAUUUAUCAAAAUACACAUCACUUACGUCAUUUGAAUCUAAACUUUAUUUUUGUGACCCCUCAACAAAUACUAUCAGCUGCUGUGAUAUGGAAGGCAGUACAAUCUGGUCUUUUAAAGAUGAUACUGUCAUAAAGAAGCCUAGUGGCAUAGCAGUCGAUGGCAUGGGAAACGUGUAUGUUACAAACAAAGACCUCAAUAAUGUUAUAGUUAUUUCUCCAGAUGGACUUAACAGUAGGCAGCUCCUCUCUGAAUCAAAUGGCUUAAAAAGACCAAGGGCCAUACAAUGCAACAAAAGAAAAAAUCGUCUUCUGGUGGCAAACGAAGAAGCAAAAGCUUUCUUAUUUGACAUUUCACACUAAACAAGACUAUCUUUCAAUUGGAUUGUAACACUUAUUAAAGGAUUCAAACAUCUUACAAUGAAAAUAAAUUAUCAUGAACUAUU